AUGUUAAAAAUUUCACUCCCAUUUUUCGCGUGUAAAGUGCUUCGUUUUCAAAGUUUGUUUUGUCGGUGUAUAAAGUGUAAAGAGAUCCUGACAUGUCGGAAGAGGUGCGUUGCAGCGGACAUAGCCAAGCUCAGUCUUUACACGUCCCACCGCUUUCUUUUGUGCCCCACAAACUCGGGUCUAAAUCGGAUCCAGGCUUGCAGAUUUCGCACUCUUUAGGCUCCCCAAUCUACUCUGGGAUCUCAGCUUCACCGUAAUUUGAUCGGACGCCGUCGGGAUGGAAUCCUCCGAGGCUGACCAUAGGGGAGGAGGGAAGGGGAGGAGGAAAAGAGGGGAGCGCGAUGAGGGUCAGAGGAGCAAUAAUGGCAAGAGAAAUCAGACGAGAAGGGAAGGAGUUGGAAGUGAGACGAUGAGGAGGGUGCUGUUAGGGUUAGGGUUCUGGGUGCAGGGCUUCAGGUGUUUUCCAUGGAUGGCUGUCAAUUUCUUCCUCAAGGAUGAUCUCCGUGUGGACCCCUCCACCCUUCAGAUCCUUCAAAGCUCCGCCAAUCUGCCCAUGGUUGCCAAGCCCUUCUAUGGCAUCCUCUCUGACUCCAUUUACGUAUAUGGCCAGCACCGUAUUCCUUACAUUGCAUUUGGAGCUUUUUUGCAAGCUCUGUCAUGGAUAGUUCUUGCACUCCUCUCAUACUCUACUAUCUCCUUCUCCACCAUCACCAUAUAUCUGCUACUCAGCAACUUGGGUGCUUCUGUGGUUGAGGUUGCCAAUGAUGCCCUUGUUGCAGAAAUAGGAAAACAGACUCCUUCAUCGGGAGGAGAGCUUCAGUCUUUUGUCUGGAUGGCAUCUUCCCUUGGAGGAGUUCUUGGGAAUCUUUUAGUCGGAAUCUGCUUAAACAGAAUCUCCACUCAAGCAAUGUUCCUUCUCUUUGCGGCCCUCCUCUCUCUCCAGUUUCUGGUAACACUUUUCAUCAAGGAGACACAUCUAGAUAUUCCCAGAAGUACAGUGUCUAAUAAUCAAGGGAUGAAAAAGCAACUUUCGAAUCUUCUUGCGGCAUUGCAGAAACCAGAGAUCUCUUACUCCAUACUUUGGUUUUCUGCAUCAUUUGCUGCAGUUCCUGCUCUCACAGGAACCAUGUUCUACUACCAAACACAAGAAUUGAAAAUUGAAACUUCAAUACUAGGUUUUUCCAAAGUAUUUGGACAGAUAGCUAUGCUUCUCUGGGGUAUUGUUUACAACAACCACCUCAAGUCGGUCUCGCCAAGGAGACUAAUAUCUGCAAUUCAAGUCUGUAUGGCAGUUUUCAUGUUCUCUGAUGUUUUGUUUGUCAAAGGUUUGUAUAGGACCAUAGGUGUUCCAGACUCGCUGUAUGUUGUUGUGAUUUCUGGAGUUUUGGAGAUAAUGUGCUUUUUCAAGAUUCUGCCCUUCAGUGUUUUGAUGGCACAGCUUUGCCCACCAGGGUGUGAAGGGUCUGUUAUGGCAUUUCUCAUGUCUGCUGUGGCACUUGCUCUCAUAGUGAGUGGGUAUCUUGGGGUCGCUUUGGCUUCAUAUGUCAUGGUUACUGGGGAUGACUUCUCGGGCUUUCCAUCUGGUCUUGUGGUACAAGCAGUAUCAACACUUGUACCUAUAUUUUGGUCUUCGUGGAUACCAGAAAGUACAAAAGAAAAAACUAAGUGACAGGUGAAAUCUGGGAAGAGACUAUUCCAAGCUUGACUGAUGUUCAAGUGCUUCUUCAGAAGGGUGGUUCCACUUCAUUUAGAUAUUCUUUUGACUGUGUAGAUUAUAAGUUGUUGGUAAGGGGUUAUUUAAUAUUCUUUUAAUAGAAUAUCAUAUAAGGGUGGUCAGUUAUAGUGAUUUAUGGUGCAGUUUUGCCGGGUUCAUAUACAUCUAUUGUGUUUUUUUAUAGUUUGAUCGUCCAAUAUAUUGUGCCCAAACUUGCUUUUUGUGGCUCCUAAAUCUAAUUACUAGCUGUCACGGAGGGCUAAAGGGCAACUUCCAAAGACAGUGCGCUGGUCUGCUGGAAGCUUUGUUGCUCUCCCUCAAGUUGAAGGAUGUAUAUUUUCAGUUUAAUUCAUCCAUAUUCAAGAGAAAAUGGCAAGUAACC